AUGAAAUGGGAAAAGUCGCAGGUAUACUUUGACCGUUCCCGGCUGUUCGGCAACGCCGUGCUCGACGGCAUCGACUUCGAUAUCGAGCUCGGGAGCCACGCCUACUACGAUGACCUCACCAGGUACCUCAAUGCCUACGACAGCAGGAAGGGCGAGAAGAAGGUGUUCAUCAUGGUAGCGCCGUUGUGGCCGUUCCCGGACAGGAUGCUGGGGGAGGCGCUCCGGACGGGGCUCUUUGACCGCGUUCACGUCCAGUUCUACAACAACCCUACCUGCAGCAACAGUGCGGGCAACGUGGCAGCCUUCAAGAAGGCGUACGACACUGCCCAAGAGCUCCGUCUACCUCGGGCUACCGGCUGCGCGAGCGGCGUCGAACAAGGGAAGCGGCUACGUGGAACCUGGGAAGCUGGUGUCCAAGGUGCUGCCCAUCGUGCAGCGCUCCAACAACGGAGGGAUCAUGUUGUGGAACAAUUACUUUGA